AUGAUGGCACCGAUUUCCCAGGGCGAAUCGAAUUUGUCACUCUCUCCACUGGAAGACGCAAGUAUAGUUCAAAGCCAUCUUGCUACUUCUCUGAACGCGAAUCUGCUCCACCACUUCUUCUCCACGGUCGUAUCCCGACUGACCUGGCUGGAUAGUGGACCUGCCAACCCUUGGAGACGCCUGAUCCAGCCUCUGGCGUCUAAAUCGAGUCGCCUGAAAUUAUCAAUUGCUGGCCUUGCUGCGGCUCAUUUGGCCGCGACAGUGUCUGAAGAAAGCCAGUCCUCCUUUUUCUUGCAAAUGAACCAUUCUCUGCGCACUGAGACCGUGAAAGAUCUCAGCCACGGGCUGCGCAUCGAGUUGGACCCUUACCAAGCGAUUCCAAAUACAGAUAGAUCAUCGGAGUCUGAAAUACUGGAGAUGCUAGCCAGUGCUCUGGUGCUUUGUUACUCAGAGAUGCACAUCCCAAGCUCGAUGGACUGGGGCUUACAUCUGAGAGCAUGUCGUGCUAUGAUUGAGAGAUACUAUCUACUGUCACGGUCAAAAAGCCUCGAUGACUCAUUAUCAAACUUCCUGGUCAAAGAGGUUGCUGACUUGGAGACCUUUGGUAAUCUGGCCGGGACUUAUGAUACAAAUAGCACGGCUAUAGACAGAAAUUUGAAACUGGCACUUCACAGCAAUUUGUGGACAUUCACGGCAUUGAUCGAUGAAAUUUCCACGGCAGAAAGGCUGAAUUGUCGCUGGACAGGUACGACCCACAGUGUGGGCGACCCGGAUAUGAAUGGAUGGCACGACAAGCUUGACGCAGCUUAUGACCGUGCAACAGAGAUGGUCACUUCGCUACCUGACUGCGAGGUAGCUCAAGAUGUGUUUCGUCUGGUGAUUGACUCGCAUUAUUAUGCCACUUUGCUCUACUGCUAUCAAUGCCUCACUUUGCCUGGGGAACAUGAGCAGCGAAAACAGGAGUUCUGUGAUGUACUAUGGCACACUAUUCAAUCUGUCACCGAAAGAUCCUCAGCUGCGUUCAUCCAUGAUCUCUUCUUCCCAUUGUUCAUCGUCGGCACUCAAUGUGUACAUGAUCCGCAAAGACAGGCAUUGGUGGAAGCAGUCUUCCUGCGAACCAUGUAUGCUACAGGCUUCUGGUGCAAUCAAACUGCGUUGCAAAUGCUUCGGUUCUACUGGCAACACUCGGACAAGACAAUCGACGAGAACUGGGUUCGAUUCGCCCGGCGAAAUGCUGCUACCAUUGGCCCGUUUGUGAUUUUUUGA